AUGGUGCUCUUCGCGGUGAAUCUCCCCCUGUAUGUUGUGGCCGUGCUGGGCAACUCCACCAUCAUCCUCUUGUGCGUACUGGACCCUGGGCUUCACACCCCGAUGUACUUCUUCCUGGCCCAUCUUUCCUUUCUGGACCUCUGCUUCAGCACCAGCUGCAUUCCGCAGAUGCUGGUCCACCUCCGCGGCCCGACCAAGACCAUCAGCUUCGCGGGCUGCACSGUGCAACUCAGCUCCUUCCUGACCGUCGGGGGCGUGGAGUGCCUCCUCCUGGCGGUGAUGGCCUACGACCGCUACGCCGCAGUCUGCCGGCCGCUGCACUACGCCGUGCUCCUGCGCCCGGGGCUGUGCUCCCGGCUGGUGGCUGCGGCCUGGGGCAGCGGCCUGCUCAACGCCGGCGUCAUGUCGCCGCUCACCAUGGUCCUCCCGCGGUGUGGUCGCCGCAGAGUCCCGCACUUCCUCUGCGAGAUGCCGGCGCUCAUCAAGAUGGCCUGCGCGGACGCGCGGGCGGUGGGGAUGCUGGCCUUCGCCUUCGCGGUGCUCAUCGUCCUGCUGCCCCUGGCGCUCAUCCUGGUGUCCUACGGGCACAUCGCGGCGGCGGUGAGGAGGAUGCGGUCCGCCGCCGGGCGGUGGAAGGCCUUCAACACCUGCAGCUCGCACCUGGCGGUGGUCUCCCUGUUCAACGGGAGCAUCAUCUACAGGUACAUGCAGCCCGGGAACAGCUCCUCCCAGGACGGGGCAAGUUCGCCACGCUCUUCUACAACCUGGGCGCGCCCGUGCUCAACCCGCUCAUCUACGCCCUGA